ACUUGUUCAUGGAGCUUCACAAACUCAUCAUUCUCAACACAAUCCUGCUCCUAUUAUGUAUCUUUCCUCACUCAUUCAAUAGUCAACAAGUGUAUCUCAAUGGCACUGUCUAUGAUUGCUCUGUGAACCCUUCUGCAUCUAAAGGAUACCUUUGCAAUGGCCUUCAAAAAUCAUGCACUUCCUUUUUAGUUUUCAGGUCAAAGCCUCCCUAUGAUAACCCUGUAAGCAUUGCCUACCUUCUUGGCUCUGAAGCAUCUACCAUAGCCUCAAUCAACAACAUCUCAAGAGAUAACAAGAUUCCUUCCAAUAAAUCAAUCAUUGUUCCUGUCUUUUGUUCAUGUUCUGGAAACAUCUAUCAGCAUAACACACCUUACACUGCCAUCAAGAAUGACACAUACUAUGAGUUGGUCAAAGAAACUUUCCAAGGCCUCACCACAUGCCAGGCAAUGACGGGUCAGAAUUACUAUGCCCCUAUCAACAUUUCGAUUGGUGCUGAGCUCACAGUUCCAAUCCUAUGUGCUUGUCCCACAGCAAACCAGGCAGGAAGAGGGGUUACCUCUUUGUUGGUUCACUUGGUGAAUUAUGGUGACACAGUUAAGUCCAUAGGAGAGGCUUAUGGUGUUGAUGAACAAAGUUUGCUUGAGGCCAAUGAAUUGUCAGUACCACAAAAUGCAAACAGCAGCAUUGACAUCCUUGCCUUGACACCUAUUUUAGUGCCUCUAAUAGGGAAGAGUUGCAAAGAGAACCCAGAUAAAUUCUAUUGUAAAUGUUUCAAUGCAGAUGGAAGCUCCAAGGGGCUCUUCUGUGAUCAAUCUGAUGGUAAAAAAUUCCCUGCCAAAUUGGUUGCUGCAUUAGGAGUGGGCAUUGGUGCAGGCUUUCUAUGUUUGUUUCUUUUGGGGUACAAGUUAUAUCAAUGCAUACAGAAAAAGAGACAUAAUAUUUGUAAGGAAAAACUGUUCAGGCAAAAUGGUGGCUACUUGUUACUAGAGAAGUUCUCAUAUUAUGGAAAAGGAGAAAUGGCAAAGCUUUUCACUGCAGAGGAGCUACAAAGAGCAACAGAUAAUUACAACAAGAGUAGGUUUCUUGGUCAGGGUGGCUAUGGCACAGUGUACAAAGGAAUGCUACCAGAUGGAACCAUAGUUGCAAUUAAAAAGUCAAAAGAGAUUGAAAGGAACCAGAUAGAGACUUUUGUCAAUGAAGUGGUCAUUUUAUCUCAAAUUAACCACAGGAACAUUGUCAAACUCUUGGGUUGUUGUCUUGAGACAGAAGCUCCAUUACUAGUCUAUGAAUUUAUUCCCAACGGAACACUUUCCCAUCAUAUACAUAGUAAAGACCAUGAAUCAUCCCUUCCAUGGGAAUGUCGCCUUAGAAUAGCAUGUGAGGUUGCUGGAGCAUUGACAUAUAUGCAUUUUGCAGCUUCAGUUCCUAUCUUCCAUAGAGACAUCAAACCCACCAACAUACUCUUGGACAGUAACUACAGUGCUAAAGUGUCUGAUUUUGGAACAUCAAGAUCAGUUCCAUUAGAUAAGACUCACUUAACCACAGUUGUAGGAGGAACUUUUGGGUACAUUGAUCCUGAAUAUUUUCAGUCUAGUCAAUUUACAGAUAAAAGUGAUGUAUAUAGUUUUGGAGUUGUGCUUGUAGAACUCAUAACUGGGAGAAAGCCCAUUUCAUUCUUAUAUGAUGAUGAUGAGGGUCAGAAUCUGAUUGCACAAUUCAUUUCUUUGAUGAAGGAGAGUCAACUUUCUCAAAUUUUAGAUGCAAAAGUGGUUAAGGAAGCAAGGAAAGAUGACAUUCUUGCCAUUGCAAAUCUUGCCAUGAGAUGCCUGAAACUUAAUGGGAAGAAAAGACCAACAAUGAAAGAGGUUUCAACAGAAUUAGAAGCACUGAGAAAGGUACAAAGUUCCUUGCAGAUCAACCAUGAUCAUAAGUCAACAAAUGACGGAAAAUCAUUUGAGCACAGUCCUAGUGACAUAGUUCAAGAAUGUACAGAGGAAAGCAUGUCACUGUCCUUGCAACUAGAGUCCAUAUCUCUCUAG